AUGAGAGCCGCCACACUGGCUUGCUGUGUUCCAAAACCCCCGACGGCGGCGACGCCACCGAUCGUGUCGCGACCAGAAAUCUCCUAUUUUCAGAAACUAUACCGACAAAACCUGUUCGGGACUGUUACCGCUCCACACAGUGCAUCUCCCCCUGCCGUUGUUAGUUACGUGCAGGACGUCCGACUUGACAUAAUGUGGGUUAAGAUCCUUGAAUUAGUUGUGGUAAAAUUUAAGAUAACGAGUAGGAUUAAUUUCUCUGGUCACUGGAACAACGAACCACAAGGGAUAAUAAUCCAUGGUUGCGUGGUGGAGGGGAGUGGAAGCCGUUCGAAGCGGUGGUGGAGCAAUUCAAACCGUGGAGCAAUUGCAUUAUUUGAACCCGAAGGCCUGAAAAGUAGGAAAUGGCACGGGCGUGCGCCAGGCGCUACACCGGACAAACGCGGAGAUCGGACUGUAUUUAUGCCACCAAAGUGGGCGCUGGGAUAUCAUCAAUGUCGUUGGGGCUAUGACUCUGAGGCUCGAGUUCGUGAGAUUGCCAAAACAUUUAGGCAGAAGGGCAUGCCUUGUGAUGUCAUUUGGAUGGACAUUGAUUACAUGGAUGGUUAUCGUUGUUUCACUUUUGACCAGGCAUGUUCUUAUUCGAUAAACUUCAUAUAUGAUGAGCGGUUUCCAGAUCCAAAAACUUUGGUGGCAGAACUUCAUCAAGCUGGCUUCAAGGCCAUCUGGAUGCUUGAUCCGGGGAUUAAACGAGAAGAAGGAUAUUUUGUUUAUGACAGUGGUUCUGAAAGAGAUAUCUGGAUUCAAACAGCUGAUGGAAAGCCUUUUGUUGGAGACGUAUGGCCUGGGCCUUGUGUUUUUCCUGACUUUGCACAAUCUAGAACUCGGUCAUGGUGGGCUGAUCUAGUUAAAGAUUUCAUUUCUAAUGGGGUUGAUGGUAUAUGGAAUGACAUGAAUGAACCAGCUGUUUUCAAGACUGUAACAAAGACAAUGCCUGAGAGCAAUGUUCAUCAUGGAGACAUUGAAUUUGGGGGCUGUCAAAAUCAUUUGCACUAUCACAAUGUAUAUGGCAUGCUGAUGGCAAGGUCAACAUAUGAAGGCAUGAAAUUGGCUAAUGAAAAUGGGCGUCCUUUUGUUCUAACAAGAGCUGGGUUUAUAGGCAGCCAAAGGUAUGCGGCGACGUGGACUGGAGACAACCUUUCUUUGGGAGCAUCUUCAUAUGAGUAUCUCAAUGGUUCUCCAAUUGGUGUCCUCUCUGGAUCUUUCCGUGCCCUUUCACUGCAUUACCUGGGGCUCAGUGGUCAGCCUCUUUCGGGACCAGAUAUUGGU